AUGACCGGAAAGAAGUCGGCUCAACGGGCCGUCUUCCUGUUGGUCGUCUACUGUCUGUGUCUGCAGGCAUUUAACAUCGACACCAAACAGCCGCUGAUCCACAGAGGCCAACCGGCCAGUGGGUUCGGAUAUUCGAUCGAUUUUUACAAGAGUGGGAAUACCAUUGAGUAAGUUGUGAUUUACUCAAUCAGAAAAGGGUAUAAAACUCAACUAUUGGUUUUAUUUAAUUUUAGGCUUCUUUCCGGAGCUCCCUUUGGCCGAACCAACCAGCGAGACAUCCAAAAAGGUGGUACUGUCUACAAAUGCGAGACCACUACCAACAGAUGCGCUGAGAUCGUGUUUGAUCGAACAGGCAAGUCAAAUCAGCCAUUUAGGCCUUCAGGCAAUAAAUUAAUAACCCUCACAUGUCCAUUUUUAGGCAACGAAAGACGUCUCAACGGCUCUCGCAACCUUCCAAUCGAAGAAAAGUCCUAUCAAAUGUUCGGAGCGACCGUCAUUGCCAGUAAAAAUGGCGAUGGCGUUCUCGCUUGUGCUCCUCAUUACAAAUACUUCUUCUCCCGAUUCGAAGUGGUCGAGCCGGUUGGAACUUGCUUCUAUGCGACCGAAAAUUUCAACAGGAUCACCGAAUUCGCUCCGUGCCGUCAGGAGCCCGCCAGACAUGGCCGUCAUCGUUUCGGUUAUGGAAUGUGCGGCUUUUCGGCCGCGAUUCCCAACAACGGAGACAAGAGAUUGUACAUCUCCGCUCCGGGAGUUUGGUAUUGGCAGGGCGCGGUGUUCAGUCAGAACAUCAACAAUGCAACGGAUCGGCCGGAGACUCCAGCUGGACCAGCUGAUACCGACAACUCUUACCUUGGUAUGUUGAAAUGCCCUACAAGUCAUUCUGUUUUUUUCUAGGCUACGCUUCGGCCACCGGCGACUUCGACGGUGACAAUAUUGAUGAUAUUGUUGUUGGAGCUCCUCGUGCCAACUCUUUGAUCGGCCAAGUCACUAUUCUCGAUGAGAAACUGAACGUUCUUCUCAACCUCACUGAUCCCAAAGGCCAACGUGGGCAAUAUUACGGCGCCGCAGUUGUCACCACCGACCUCAACAAGGACGGAAAGGUCGACCUUAUCGUUGGAAGUCCUUUCUACACCGAUUAUAAGACCGUUCUUGAUGCCAAAACGCAAGAACACAAACCUCAGUACGACAUUGGAAAGGUCUAUGUGUACAUCCAAACCGGCGCGCGAACCUUCAAAGAGCCGAUUCAACUCAAAGGACAUGAACAAUGGGGUCGAUUCGGCCAUGCGUUGGCUGCCGCUGGCGAUUUGAACGGCGACGGUUUCAAUGAUUUCAUUGUUGGUGCGCCCUACGACGGUGAGAACCGUCAAGGAGCGGUCUAUGUUUAUCAUGGAAGUGAGGAGGGAGUUCGCAAAGAGCACACUCAACGUAUCCAUGCCAGAGAUGUGGCUGGAGAUCUCCGAACCUUCGGAUUUUCAUUGGCUGCGGGCACGGAUGUCGACCGAAACGACUAUCCUGACAUCGCUAUUGGAUCCAUGGACAGUGCUAAAGCCGUGAUUCUGAAGACCAAGCCGGUGAUUCAGAUCACUGGUUUCGUUAAAACCACGAGAAAGACUAUCAAUUUGGAUGACAAAACUUGUGUUACCGAGUUCGGACGAUUGCCUUGGUAAGUUGACCACUUGAACCAUUUAAAACGACAGAGUAAACCUUUCUGUUGCAUUAGAAAUCCAUCUUCACGAUAAAUUUAGGCUAAAGAUUACCUAUUUUCAGUGAGAAAGUCAAGUUCUGUCUCAAAUUCGGCGGCAAAACUCAACACAACAACGUUGACGUCAAAGUUCAAGUCAACCUGGACUCCAAGAACAAACAAUCGCCCCGUGCCUUCUUUGCUCGCAAAGAUCUCGACAAGAAACGUGGAGUCACCAUCGACAAAUCCUCCGUUUCUCGCGAACAACCCGAUCUUAUAACCCAGAACCUCGUUUUGACCAAGAACCGUGAAGUUUGUGAGACCUAUGACGUCUAUGUUCCGGAGACAAUCCGAGACAAGAUCAGCCCCAUUCUCAUCAACGUCAACUACACUUAUCAAGAGAAACGAGCGCAGCCCGGCCAAUUAGAGCCGGCAGUUGACACCACACUUCCUCAAGCCUUCGUCACCGAGUUGACGAUCGAAAAAGACUGUGGUGAUGACAACGUUUGUGUUCCUGAUCUUCAAGUCCGUGCCAGGACCAACAAGGAGAAGUUUACUGUCGGCGCGGAGGAUAAGACCGUCACUUUGAACGUUACUGUCGACAACAAAGGAGAAGACUCUUAUCUGACACAGAUGAAGAUCGAAAUCCCCAAAGGCUUCGAAUACGGAGGAGUUGAAAGCUACGACAACAAGCACAAGGUCUCUUGUACUCCAACCGAUGAGACUAAGGUCGAGAAGGACGAAAGCGCUCCUCAGGAGUUCAUUUGUGAAGUCGGAAAUCCCCUACCGGCCAACGAACGAGCUGACUUUGGAGUUAAACUAACUGGAGAAAACGUUGAUGCCAACAAAGAGUUUGUCGAAGUUAAGAUGAGCGUGAACUCAACUAAUCCCGAAGAGUCUGGCAGCACUGGAGAUAACGAUUUGACUGUCAAAAUCCCCAUCGAAGUCAAGGCUCAACUCUCGUUGAUUGGCCGUUCCAACCCCGAGCAAGUGGACUAUUCCAUUCGUAACCGAACCCUUGCCGAGUCCGCUACCUUCGAUUUUGAAGUCGGACCAGUGGUUUCCCACUUGUUCCAAGUCAUCAACCGAGGGCCUAGCGUGAUCAACGGCGCUAAACUCGACAUCUUCUGGCCUAGUUUCUCUGACAAAGGAAAGACCUUGCUCUACUUGAUUGACAUGCCAUUUGUCAGCGACCCAUUGAAGGCGCGUUGUCAAGUCAAACAAGGAGCCAACGUCAAUCCUGCCGGCUUGGCAAUUUCCAAUCAGCACGUUCCCACUCAAUCCAGCUUGCCGGAUGACGACGAAGGAGCUGUUGCCGGAACCGAAGCCGACGGCGGCUAUUAUGCUGACGAAGGCGAGGAUUUCGAGGACGAUCGUGUUCCGUAUGAGCACGAAGAUGAGCCAGAGUACAACAAGGACGAGGAGUAUGAAUCCAACUACCGAAAGAAGAGGGCCGCUCGAAGAAAGAAGGAUGGAAAUGCGAAUCGAAGACAACCUGAUGCUUUGAAGAGAAAACUGAGAGAGCAGAAACAUCAAAUGCGAGAGGCUGUCCAACGAGCUAAGGAGGUCGGAAAGGCCCAUGAAUAUCGCGGCCCAUUGAACCCCAACCAUCUGGUAAGCAAGAAGAAUAUAAAAUUUUCACAGUUUAGAGAGCAAUUUGUCUGAAAAUGAGAGAUCAGUGUUUCGAAGGCAAAACUAUCGAACGAUCUUCUCUAUACCGACUAAAACGGCCAAGAUGCCUUUUUACAAUGAAAAACAAGAUUUCUAUGCGAAAAAAUAAUCAAACCCGCAAAAAUUGAGAUUUCAAAGCCAUUUCUAGUACAAUUAGCUCGCUAAACCGCUGACCGUUAAAUUAAUUUCAGAACUGCGCCAGUCUCAACUGCACCCAAAUCUCCUGUGACAUUGGAGAACUUGCUGCUGAUGAAUACGUCCUGAUCGAAGUCUUCUCCCGUCUCUGGCUCAACAGUCUGAUCGACUCUGACAGUCAUGAAGCCGAAGUCUCAUCUCUAGCCUUUGCUCAGAUCACUUCCCUCCCAUAUGCGCCGAAAUAUCAACCGCCGCCGCAAGUGAUCGCCGUCACCACCAACGUGAAUCCAAUCGACCCCGAAUCGAUUGGCUGGGGAUUGCCAUGGUGGUUGUGGCUCCUGGCCAUCUUGAUUGGUCUGUUGUUGUUGCUGUUGAUCAUCUACUGUUGCUGGAGGGUGAGUUUUCAACAUGUUUUUGGAUCUAUAUUACACUUGACCUAAAGAAUAACAAAAAAUCUAAAUAACUUACUGAUUUGGCCAUUUUCAGUGCGGAUUCUUCAAGCGCAAUCGCCCACAAUACGAGAAGGCUCAAUUCAACCGAGAAUCUUACGAUGACUACUAA